AAGUCAUUGCGCAUGCCUCAUCGGUUCGAGUCGGUCGCGUCCAAAACGCAGCGGUUGCGCGAAUGCUUUUCUGUCACACAGUAGCGGACAGCAGCAGUAGGCGCUGCUGUGGUGUUAGAUAAGCGAGACACGAACGGUGCGUUGACAGUGUCGGUGUGCAGACGUAUAGGCGAUGGACGCGGAACAGGGCAAGCACCAGACGGAGGAGGAGGUGCUGCAGGGCAUGCUGAGCCAUCGGUUCAACUACGCCAAAGCGCACCGGUCCAGCACGUACCAUCACACGUUCCGCACGAAAACACGUUGGGAGCUGGUGCGGCUGUCCCUGCUCAUCGUCGGCAUCGAGUGUACGUACGCGACGGAGACGGCCUUUGUCGCGCCGAUCCUGCUCGCGAUCGGGCUGCCCCACACGCUGAUGACGAUGAUGUGGGCCAUGCCACCGAUCGUGGGUGUGCUGUUCGUGCCGGUCGUUGCCUCCGUCAGCGAUCGGCUCCGGUCGAGCUGGGGCCGACGCCGGCCCGUCCUACUGCUGCUGGGCAUUGCGAUGCUGCUCGGCAUGAUGCUGCUCCCGCACGGUCGCGCAAUCGGUGAGGCGAUCGGGCUGCGCAGCGUGGCCUGGGUCGCCACCAUCACAACGCUCGGUCUCACCACGACCGACUUCUCGGCGGAAGCGUCCAACGGGCUGUGCCGGACGUACGCGAUGGAGGUGUGCACGAUACGCGACCAGGCGCGCGUCCUCAGCACGAUGAUGCUGAUCGGUGGGUUGGGCGGCAUGCUCGGCUACCUGUUCGGGGCGAUCGAUUGGAUCGCGCUCCCGAUCGGCCAGUACUUCGAGAGCAACGAGGCGGCCGUCUUCACCGCCAACUGGAUCGUGCUGCUGAUCGGGCUGGUCAGCACGCUGACCAGCUUCGCCGAGAUACCGCUGCCCGUGCAGGAGCAGGACGCGAUGCUGCGCCCCGUCACACACUCGAUGCUGCAGAACGAGGUGAAGCGGAUGCGCGGGGACGAGUACGCCACCCAGACGCAGCUGUCCGAGAGCAUCGGCUUCCGGCAGUUUGUGCGCAACACCGUCCAGAUGCCACGCUCGAUGAAGAUCCUCUGCCUGACGCAGUUCCUGUCCCACAUGGGCUACCUGCCGUACUGUCUGUACUUUACCGACUUUGUCGGCGCGGAAGUGUUCGGUGGGGAUGUACAGGCCCCGGAACACUCGCCCGCCUUCGUGCUGUACGAGGAAGGGCUGCGGUUCGCCUGCUGGGGCAUGGCACUGUUUGCCGGCUGCGCCUCGCUCUACUCGCUGGUGAUUGAGCGGUUGAUCGAUCGGGUCGGGGCACGGCCCGUCUACGUCGGUGGCUUGAUGGCGCACUGCGUCGGCAUGGUGGCGAUGGGGCUGCUGCGCCACCGGGCCAUUGUGAUGCUGUGCUGCUCGCUCACCGGCAUCAUGUACACCACCAUCUACUCCAUUCCGUUUCUGCUGAUCUCACACUACCACUCCAAGAACUCGUUCCACAUGAAGGACGGCAAGUGUGUGGAAAGUACGGAGCCGCGCGGGUUCGGCGCGGACGUGUCGAUGAUGAGCAGUGUCCUGUGUCUCGCGCAGCUAAUCGUGUCGCUGGUGAUGGGCGUGCUAAUCGAUGCAGCUGGCACGACGACCGUCAUCACGUACGUCGCUGGUGGCUGCACCCUGCUCGCGGCCCUGUCCGCGAUGGCCGUCCUCUACAUGGGCCUGUGAUGCUGUACAAUUCCACCAGAGCGAGCGAGCGGCCCACACACGGUCUCGAUUCUAAUUGAUUUCGCUUACACUGCUCGUUCGCCGACUUCAAUCGUGAAUCUUCAUUCCCGUUUCUAGCGCGCACACACACACACAGCUCCAAUAUGUGUGCGCUUUGUGUCUGGAUAACAUUUUAAUUGACGGCGCGUUCUGAAGCAGGCUAAUAAAAUUCGUGUCGCGAGGGAAAGGGAUCGAGCAGCUGGCAGCUGCUGAUGGAAAUGUGACAUCAAUUACGGGAUAAAGUUAACGCUGGGGAAGGCCCUCCGCCAAUGAUGUACAAUGAUUGAUUGUGCGCGUGUCGGUGGAUUCUGGGCCGUAAUUAAAUGAUAAAACUUUGUCACAUUCUUGGAGCGAUGAGGCGCGCUAGGGCACUUGUGUGAUGCGAAAUGGAUGGGUGGGUGAAACUGUGUGUGCGUGGUUUGUGGUUUUGCGGAGUGUGUGUAUGUUUCCUAGAGCGCAGAACAUAUUUGUGAUAGAAGAAUGUAUUUGUUUUUUGUUUUGUAGCUACCACGAGAAGGAGCGCAGUAUACACAUUCUUGUACUUGUAGAAUCGUGGUCGUGUGAGGGAUAGAAAGUUAUUUUGGUACAGUGUAUUAUAGUGAAGCUGAAUGCUUAUAGGGCGUGCCUAACUUAUAGAGUUUUCAAGGGUUGAAAUAGAUUUUUG